GUUUUACAAUGCAAGUGCAAACUUGUUUGAUUCUCCCCCGAAGAAGAAAUGGUUGCUGCGUCGUCAACAAUGGCGAUGACGGCACUCUCUCUUCACUGCUUCACAAAGUCACACUCUCACUCCCUCACUGCUUCAUUCCGCACUCUCCCUCGUCUCACAUGCUCCUUCUCUUCUUCCUCCUCAAAGUUCAACAUCUCCUUCGCUCCCUCCAAACCCAAACCCAAACCCAAACCCGAACCCGAUAACGACGACGCCGGCCAGCUUCUGAUCCCAUGGAUCGUCCGGGGCGAGGACGGAAACUUCAAGCUGCAAUCCGAACCUCCGCCGAGUUUCCUCAGAGCCAUGGCCACCGCCCAAACCGGCACCAAAAAGGAGAACAAGAAGAGCCAAACGACACCAACAGCAAAGAAGAAGAAGAGUGAGAAGGAGGAUAAUGCUCGUACGGUGUCGUCGUCGCCGCCGCCGAAGUAUUCUAAGGCGGCACGGCGGUUCUACAACGAGAAUUUCAAGGACUCCGCCGGUGAACGUCUCAGCAAGGUCCUCGCCGCCUCCGGAGUUGCUUCCAGGAGAAGCUGUGAAGAGCUUAUUUUUGAAGGGAAGGUUACUGUUAAUGGUUCUGUUUGUAAUACUCCUCAGACUAAAGUGGAUCCUGCAAAGGAUAGUAUCUAUGUGAAUGGGAACCGUCUCCCGAAGAGGCAGCCGAGAAAGGUUUAUCUUGCAUUGAACAAGCCAAAAGGGUACAUAUGCUCGUCUGGGGAGAAUGAACCUAAAUCUGUCAUGAUUCUAUUUGAUGAUUAUUUGAAGAGUUGGGGUAAAAACCAUCCGGGAAUACCCACACCACGGCUAUUUACUGUAGGGCGCCUUGAUGUUGCUACUACUGGAUUAAUUAUUGUGACUAAUGAUGGAGAUUUUGCUCAAAAGCUUUCACAUCCAUCAUCUAAUUUAUCCAAAGAAUACAUCGCAGCAGUUGAUGGUUCAGUUCAUAAGAGGCACUUAAUGGCCAUAAGUGAGGGAACAGUCAUUGAGGGCGUCCGUUGUGUUCCUGAUAUAGUGGAGUUACUUCCAAGUCAACCAGAUAUGCAAAGAGCUCGUCUUCGCAUUGUGGUUCAUGAUGGGAGGAAACAUGAAGUUCGUGAGCUUGUGAAACGUGCCGGACUCGAGAUUUAUUCAUUAAAGCGGGUACGCAUCGGUGGUUUUAAACUUCCACCAGACCUUGGGAUAGGGAAGUAUCUUGAGCUAAAUCCAACGCAUCUGAACGCCUUGGGGUGGAAGAGUCAACCAACUUAAUUGUUUGAGUUAUAAAGAGUCAACCAGAUUAAUACAGCUCUGAAGCUGUUAUGAAAAGAGUUGGCCAAGGCUUGAUUGGUCUGAGCUGUUAGAUACUUGCUGCAUUUCUUGGGAGAGUUUUUGGGAUAGUGCCAGAGCACACUGCUCUUUUGACAUCAAGCCAAUCUUGAUGCUCUCAGCAAUCUAAUAUAUAUGCUCUCUGGAGUAUUUAACAUCUUCCUUAUGGAAGAUUUCCCCAAUUGUACAAGUAUUUGGAGGAACCUUAUGCAAGUGAAGGUGUGGAGGGCGUAAUACCUCUCAUGUGGUAUAUACCAUGUAAGGUUGACAAUUGGAUAACUUAAAUCAAUGAUUAAGAUGUUUUAGUGCUUGUUUGUUUA